AUGUUAGUUUGUGUUGCAGUGUGGAAGAAUCAUCACAUGAGGACAGUCACCAACUAUUUUAUAGUCAACUUGUCUCUUGCAGACGUUCUUGUCACUAUCACUUGUCUUCCAGCAACUUUGGUAGUUGACAUAACUGAAACUUGGUUUUUUGGAAAACCACUCUGCAAAGUAAUUCCUUAUCUCCAGACUGUGUCAGUUUCUGUUUCUGUGUUAACACUCAGUUGCAUCGCCCUGGAUAGAUGGUAUGCAAUUUGCCAUCCAUUAAUGUUUAAAAGUACUGCCAAGAGAGCAAGAAAUAGCAUUAUAAUUAUUUGGAUUGUGUCCUGUGCUAUUAUGAUUCCUCAGGCCAUUGUUAUGGAGUGUAACAGUGUGUUUCCAGAUUUAGCCAACAAAACAAUUUUAUUCACUGUCUGUGAUGAGCGCUGGGAAGGUGAAAUUUACUCCAAAGUUUAUCACAUAUGUUUCUUCUUCAUAACUUAUAUGGUUCCGUUAUGUCUGAUGAUUUUAGCCUAUUUGCAAAUUUUUCGAAAAUUGUGGUGUCGGCAGAUUCCUGGAACGUCAUCUAUUGUUCAGAGGAAGUGGAAGCCCUUGCAAUGUCCAAUGCAAUCUAGAGGUCAAGGACAACCAACAUGUAAACCAAGAAUUAAUGCAGUGGCUGCUGAGAUAAAACAGAUUCGGGCCAGAAGAAAAACUGCUCGAAUGCUUAUGGUUGUUCUUCUAGUGUUUGCAAUUUGCUACUUACCAAUCAGUAUCCUAAAUAUUCUGAAAAGAGUAUUUGGAAUGUUUGACCACACAAAUGACAGAGAAACAGUAUAUGCCUGGUUUACAUUUUCUCAUUGGCUGGUGUAUGCCAAUAGUGCUGCAAAUCCCAUAAUAUACAAUUUCCUAAGUGGUAAAUUUAGGGAGGAAUUCAAAGCAGCUUUUUCAUGCUGUUGCAUUGGUGUCCACAAAAAUCAAGAUGAUCCCCUUAUUCGAGGAAGAGCUAGCACUGAAAGCAGGAAAUCACUGACUACGCAAGUCAGCAACUUCGAUAAUGUUUCAAGAAUCUCAGAAAAUGUUGUUCUAACUAAUCUGAGUACUAUGAACCCAAAUGGUUCAGGAGCAGUUAACAACUGGUAA